AUGGCUAGCCGUGCCUUCCGAAAUGGCAAUGAUCUUUAUCAGGAGGCCACUGUGUCUGAAGAUGCCAUUGGACCGCUGCAGGCUCCAGAGGAAAAAUGCACUGAGAUCAUCACCAGGUCUUACAAUCCUGACAGGAAGUUUUGGCAGCAGGUUCCGAAGUUGCCAGAUGAGAAGCCUCCCAAGAUCCCCAAGGAGGAGAUCAAGAUUGAUAUCUCUGCCCCCCGGGCAAAAGCCAUUGCUCGCUUGGAGAAGGACAAGGUGUCUCUGACCUUGAAAGGUCUGCCAGCAACACCACAGACCGGGAUUACCAAGGUUCCAUCCAUGGAGGGUGAUGAGAAACAGGAUGACAUUGAACCCAAGGUUUCUGGCAAGAGCUCGGGCCGCGGUCGUGGUAAAGGCCGCGGUCGUGGUCUUGCCUGCCGCAGUGACCCCAAGAAGUCAGAGCCAAGUGGCUCAGGUGAUUCUGUCCCUGCAACUGGGUCUUCAGCGGUCUCUGGGUCUUCGGUCCCGGGGUCUUUGGUUCCGGGGUCUUUGGUUCCUGCGUCUUUGGUCCCAGGUCCUUCGGUCCCAGGUUUUGAAGACCCUCCAGUGGCUGCAGCAGCUCACCCCGAGGAAACGACAGCAGCUCAGCCCAAGGCCAAGGCCAAGGCCAAGGCCAAGGCCAAGGUCAAGGCCAACAGCAAAGCCAAGGCCAAGGCCAAGGCCAAAGGUGCAAGAGCAGCCCGAAACACCAAGGGCACUUUCGCUGGCCGGCGUCCCCCAAGCAACCCUCAGAAGCUCGCGGUUUUCCUGAAAAUGAAGGAGUUGUACCAUGAGACCAAAUCCAAGCCCAUUCCUGGUGACCGGAAGAGGAAAGGAAAGGGCGCCAGUGAAACCCAAGGAGAGUACUGGGGAUUCAUGCAGCAGAAGAUGGCUGAGUUGGCAAAGGAAGGUGUCCAAGGAGGUGAACGCAUGAAGUUGGCAGCAAAGGCUUGGAAGGAACGCCCUGGCAAUGAAGGCAAGAGCAAAGCCAGUGCCAAGGCCAGUGCAGAGGUUCCAAAACCCACAGAGGGGACGAAAUGGAUCUUGUUUCAUGGCACAACAGAACCUGUGCGCUUGGACAUGCUCACCAGUGACCAAGAGCUGAUGUUGGAGAAUGGCACGCCGCAUGUCUAUGUGGAGGCACCUGAGCACUGA